CGCGAGGUUCGCACCACAAUCGUCUAUCGCUUACUAUCCACCCUAUCCUAACUACCUAAUCUACACGAGUAUCAACAGCCAUCUUAUCCACCUUAGCGAACAACCCCACAACCCACCAAUCCACGAAUUCCGCACCGCAACCCACCGCAUGCCCACCCCCCCAAUAACCCUCCACCCAAACCGAUAACCCCCCCAAAAAAAAACAAUCCGAAAGAAUGGCCCACUCCAAACGCAACACAAGCCUUCCCCACUUCACAUCCUACGAGCGCUCGCUCCUCCGGUCCGCAUGGGGCACGAAACGCAGCGUGAUCGGGCGCGACAGCUUCCUGCCGUUCGGCGCGUGCCGGCUGUGUCUGCGGCCGGCGCGGGCGCCCGUCGUCGCGUGCGCGACCGCCGGGGACCUGUUCUGCCGCGAGUGCGCGAUCAGCGAUCUGCUUGCGCAGCGGCAGGAGAUCAAGCGGUUGGAGCGGCGGCGGGAGGAGGCGCGGAAGCGAUUAGUUGAGGAGGAGAGUAGGGCGUUGGAGGAGGUGAAGGGGCGGGAGGUUAGGGAGUUUGAGGAUCUUAGUAUGGGGUUUCAGUCUAAUCGUUCGGGUCAUAAGGUGGAUUCGGAUUCAUUUUUGGAGAGGGGGGUUGAGGCUGGGGGUAAGCGGAAGGUUGAGGGGGAAGAGGAUGGAGGCGAGGGCAGGAGGAAGGUGUUUAAAUUGGAUGAGGAGGUUGUGCGGCGUGGUGCGGAGCGGGAGAGGGAGAGGUUGCGCGAGGAGUUGAGGGUUCAGAAGGAUGCCAAGUCGGCGCUGCCGUCAUUCUGGGUGCCGAGCCUGACGCCGUCGACGGACCCGGACGAGAUCGCGGCGAACAAGCCCGUCAAGCUGACGCCGAUCUGUCCCGCGUCCACGGAGACGAACAAACACGGCUACUCGCUCAAGGGGCUGGUCGAUGUGCAUUUCACGGAAGAGAAGGGCGCGGGCGGCGAGCUGGCGCGGGUGUGUCCCAGCUGCAAGAAGACGUUCACGAACGGGCUGAAAGCUAUGUUGACCAAACCGUGCGGUCAUGUUAUCUGCCAACCCUGCGUCAACAAAUUCAUGACACCCCAUGCUGCGCCGGAUCCGCAUGCCUCCAAGGAAGAGCAGGCGCAGACGGCCGCGCUGCAUGGCCGGAUUCUGUGCUACGUGUGCGAGACAGACGUCACGCCGGAUGUGAAAGGACCAUCUAAGAAGAAGAAGAAGGAUAAGGAGGGGAUCGCGCCUGGGCUGGUCGAGAUACGGGGCUUUUGA